AUGGGCUGCAAAGUUGCCGGGGCUGCCAGAAUCAUCGCAGUGGAUAUCUACCUGGACAAGUUUGAAAAGGCAGAGGCCUUUGGGGCCACUGAGUUUGUGAACCCCAAGGACCACAGCAAGCCCAUCCAGGAGGUGUUGGUGGAGAUGACCGGCGGAGGGGUGGACUUCGCCCUGGAGUGUGUGGGGAAUGUGACUGUCAUGGUUGGUGUUCAGGAAGUCAUUUUUGUAUCUUUUCAAAUGGUAAAAUUCUAAGGAAUUGGGCUACAUGUAAGACAGUUUGUGUGGUCACUCACCUUCCUUGUGGGUAUCGGCAAGCUAUAGUCUGGUGGUAUCAGUAUCAAAAAAUGGCCAGAAUUGCAUCGCUAAUGGACAAACAGUUUCAGUUCUCAGUUUUCCUUUUUCUUCCAUAGAGCUGCCUGGAGAGCUGUAAGGAUGCCUGGGGUGUCUGUGUCGUUGUAGGAUGGACAGAGGUGGGGGAGAUAUCUCUAUUCCCUCAAGACCUCUUGGUGGGCCGCACCUUGAAGGGGACAUACUUUGGAGGUGAGUUGACCAUGUGA